AAAAAAAAAGAUUCAUUCGAUUCUAUUCUAUCAUCACAAUUUAGAAUACCUUAUCGAGAAAAACAGAAAUGACACAAUUUUGCAUAUUUCCACUGAUACAAGAAAUAAACUCAAUUUGUAACCCAAUUGGAGAAAACGUAUUGGAAUAUUAACAAAAACGACAAGGUAGCCACUAAUGGCUGAUGCCAGAAAAUAUCUGCCGCAUGGAUUAGAAUAAAGUGCAGGACGUGUAAAUACAUAAAUAUUCAAUGAAUGUCCAACACAGCCAAGAAUAAACAUUGUUAUACACCAGCAUCGAACAAACAAAAUUGAAUCCCAAAGAAGAGCAUUGGUGGCAGCAACGAUAUCAUUGGUGAUGUUGGAAGAAGACAUCUCAAAAUAAAAAUGUACAAAUUCAUCUCAACCAAAUGAACAUGUUCUACAAUUUGAUUUCGAACAUCUGUGAAUUUAUUAUGAAAGAACUUUUAUGAUGAUAAAAAUUCAUCAUAACACAUUGCUUAAUGUCUUAAAUAAAUUUUCUAAUUUUUAAAAUUAUCUCUAAGCAAAUACAGUAGAGUACAAAGAAAAAUUCUCUUUUAUACUUAUGAAGGUAUGUAUCAAUCCCAGUUCUGAGUGACUGACUAGGUCACAAUUGGACCGGAUAUCGAGUCGGCCUUGACUCCUCCAUAGCUAAAUCCAUUUUUUUCUUCAAAUUUUCGAGUUGAGUUUUUUUUUGUUAAAAAGGAUGUUUUUUGAAAAAGUAACGAUUUUCUGAUUACACUUACCGAAACCGUAAGAAUAGGAACGUGACAUCUCUUGAGCAAGAUAACUCAGCUCGAGAAUUUCGAUAAACCAUGUAUAGAUUAGGAUUCCUUGAUCUCAGAAGACUUCGAUCAAAGUUUUUAGAAAAUCGGUAUUUUUGGAAAAAAAAGACCUAUUUUAACCAAAAAAUUAAUCAACUUGAAAAUUUGAAGUAAAAAAUGGAUUCAGCUAUGCACACUUUGAUUAUAGAAUCAUGCCUAUCUAUAAUGAGAAAAUGUCAUUACGAAAGCAAUUAAACUACUUGAAAAUAAUAGAAUAUGAUGAAUAAAGUGCUCUGCUCUUUCAUUUAUGACAAGCGUCCAUAAAAUAGAUCUGACGUCUGUGCCGAAGCAUCAUGAAAGAAAAUGUUUCUACUUGUAACACGAUUUUUUUUCCUCGUAAUGGAACUAUUUUAUAUUAGAUACUGGCAACAGAACAACGGAGCGUUCAUUUUCUUAAAUCAAUGAAAAUAAAAUUUGUAUGAUAAUUAUUAUAGCGUAUUAAUAAAAAAAAGGAUGACAUCAGUUUCAUUCUGUACUAUUAUACAUGCAUGAACAUCUUCUGUCGUUGUUAUGCCGUCAUGAAGAUUUCAAAGCAUUAAAUAGAAUCUAGAAAUAAUUGUGACAGAUAUGUGACAACCCAAAAAAAAGUUUAGCAGUGCGUGCGAAAAAUCUAAACUUAAAUAAUACGAACAACUCAUACGUGAAUACCGUGAUAUUCAUAUCAAAGAACUACUAUAGUGUAAAGACAUAAAAUUCAUGUAAUUUAAUGGCUCUCUCAUUAGAUGGGAUAUUUGAAUUUGCGGCAAAUUCAUUUAUAAUUUUAAAAAAAAGACUUGGAAGAAAAUAAUUUGAUGGAAGUAUUGGAGGGCUAUUAUACCAUCGCCAAUCUUCCUUUUCGCCUAUUGUACUUUUCGCCAAUUGGCGAAUACACUAUGGCGAAACAAAAAGUUUAUUGGCAAAUUUCACACUAGAGAUUCACCAAUUUGAAUCAACUGAGUUGUAACUCAAUUAUAGUACUUGAUAUUGUUACCAAUGAAACUGAAUUAACUCAAGUGUAUAUAACUGCUACAAUGAAAAAUUAUUGUUUUGUCUACGUUCAAUUUAGUCGAACAUGUGCCUUGUGUUAUUUGAGAAUGCAUAGGAUCGAACGGGAACACAAUGCCCUCUGUAGUAACGAUCGUUCUCUUUUAUUAAAGUAGGUGAGAGUCAACGAUUAGUAAGUGAUAGAAUUCCAACAGCUCAAUUACAAAAUGAAUAUGCAUCAGAUGAUAAAAUUUAUCAAGAUAAAAUAGCAGAAUUAACGAAAACAUAUAAAUAUAUUCGACGUAUACGUAGUGAUGGAAAUGAAUUCGAACGUUUUCGUCAAUUAACAUAUGAUUUAAAAGAUCAGCUUAUUAAAUUAGAUUAUUUAGAUUUUACAGUUGAAGAUGUACGUGAUGUUGUUAUUGAAAUGAUUGAUAAUAUAUCUAAAGAAGGGAAUGAACAAAGUUUAAUAAAAAAUUUUCGUUUACCAUCAAAUUCGGAUUAUUUUGUUGCUUAUUUACAGCAAAUUAUUAUUGAAAUUCGAACAUAA